ACAUCGACAUAGCACGCGAACAAGGUCGAUAAAAAGUGCGGGAGAAGGAGCACCUCGGUCAGUUCUGGCGCUUGACACUGUCGAGACGAUCACCUAUUUACAAGACGUUAGAUAGGCGUCUGUGGUACCGCACCAAGAGCGUCGCGAACAGUGUCCGCCACCCCUUUGAGCAUCGGGGAUUGCCAGUGUCUUACUGUGUGAAUUUCAAUUUGGAUUUCUUUGAGUUACAGUCAGGACCACCGGUACAGGUUCGACACACGAAUUCAACGAUUUUGCAACCGGUAAUGUACCAUUUCGCAACGAAAUAAUCGUCGAGUAUACCAGCCAUCGACGUAGACGAAUUAUCCGAGAAAGAUGCAAAUUGUUUCGGACUGCCUGAAAGCGAAGACUUCGAAAAAUCAACAGAAAAAAUCCAAACGUCGCGAUAUCUCUGCUGGGAUGACAUGCCAAAAGGACAGUUCCGACGACGUCUCCUUCGAGGUUGGCAGAAUUUCGCCCUGCGACGACGUCAGCAGGAUCAACACGGAGGAUAGUCUGCUGAGUUCCAACGCCAGUAGUGUCACCAUCGACAAUAGCGGGGAAGUCAGCUGUUGCGCCGAGAGUGACAUCGAGUGGAGAUGCUGCGGUCCCAAAUCGAAAAUUUUCUUCGGCGCCCUGCUCGCUAUUUGGGGGGUUUGCACUGUGAUCUGGACCCCCUAUGAGUUUUCCAUGGUAGAAAGACUAAGAAUGAGGCCAGGGCUUCCACCGUACGACUGGUGGAAAUCUCCGCCUGAUAUGGUGCGUCUCAAAGUAUAUGUUUUCAACAUCACCAAUGCCGAUAGAUUCUUGAGUGGCGAAGACUCCAAACUCAAUCUACAAGAAAUCGGACCGAUUGUUUAUCUAGAGAAGUUAACACAUGAUGACGUGAGGUUCAAUGACAAUGGUACAAUGACAUACGUUGCCACAAGAAGGGCUAUAUAUCUUCCCGAUGAAAACACCAUAGAUUUGAACCAGACUAUUACUGUGGCCAAUUUGCCGGUUUUGGGAAUGGCAUCCUACUUCUGGGAUUCCCCCUUUUUCGAAAAAUUCGCCUUCAACAUGUUAGUGUCGAGUGCGAAUUCAAAUGUGACCACGAAGACAACGAUCUAUAACUAUUUGUGGAAUUACACAGAUCCGAUAGUAGAAAUGGGCAAAAAUAUUGCACCCAAGUUGGUACCGGUCAACAAUCUGGGCAUGUUGGCAAGAAUCUACCAGAAUUUCACCGACACGGUCACGGUGUACAUAGGAACAGAGAAUGGUGACGAAAAAUUUUUGCUCAUCGACAAAUACGACGGUUCGGAAUACAUCAGUGGUAACGGAGAACGAUGCAAAGAAAAAGUAGUCAAUUCGACAGAGGGCGUUUCAUAUCCCCAAUAUUUAACGAAGAAUACCACAAUCAGGUAUUGGCGGAAGACGAUGUGUUUCGUUGUGCCACUCUAUUAUGAAAGUGAAAGCGAGAUGUACGGACUAAAAACAUACAAGUACUCCUUGGCAAACAACACUUAUGACAGGACAAUGCCGGAAGAAGAAGACUGCUACAAGAGUGAACCUGUAUUGCCUAAUGGGCUAAAGGAUAUCUCCCAGUGUUAUUGGGAUUUUCCUGUUGCAACAAGCUAUCCACAUUUUCUUUAUGGAGAUUCAGAACUGAAGGGUUACGUUGAUGGACUGCAACCAGAAAAAUCGAAGCAUGAUUCUUUUCUUUUCGUGGAACCGACCGUUGGCAUUCCCACGACCUGUCGUGCAACAUCUCAGAGCAAUCUUAUAUUGAGAAAACUUGAGGGUUUCAACGAAGACAUUGAGAAAUUUAGUGAGCAAGUUAUACCUAUGUUUUGGGCAGAAUAUCAUCAACACGGACUGCCUUGGUAUAUUGUGGGCUUGAUGUACUUCACUGUGAAAAUACUGCCGGUAUUCCAGAUAAUAUGGACAGUCAUCCUGUUCCUCUCAGCCAUCUUCUUAAUCACAUCUGGAUCGAGACAACACGCUAUAUCUAGAAAAAACUACCUGAUGAAGAACAAAGUUAUGCAGUACGAACAAGAAGUGUUCAUCAAGGCGUAGCACUUUAAAUUAAAUAGCAGUGCAAAUUUUACCAAAGCUAAAACAAGAAAGUGAUGAGCAUAGAUUAUAGAGAUUGCUCUAUAAUCUUUGGUGAUGAGAAAUAUUCCUAAGUCCUUAUAUUUAUUGUCGUAGAUAGUAACUGUCAAUAAGUCUUCUUAUUUUUAGCGAUGGGAGACAAUACGACAAUUUUAUACUUUUCUAUUUUUAUAAAAUAAUUUUAAGUUGUUUAUUUCCUUUGAUUUGAUCGAUAUAUCAGGGAGAACUGCAAGAGUAGAAUGUUACACUUCUGGUAACUAGCCGGAAUAUAUUUUUCCUACGUUUAAUUGUGAUAUAGACAUAUAGGAUUAAAUUUAAGAUGGAUUGAGUUAAGGUGUAGUUAAUGCUGUAGACGAACCAAAGUAAACAUGUGACAUU